CUGCACCAGGAAUGAAGUGACUGGUUUCACCCCGUACGAACUGAUGUUCGGACGCCAACCUCGGUUGCCAGUUGACCUUGCAUUCAACCUGCCAGUGCAAGAGGAACAACACUCAUCUCACUCUGAAUAUGUGCAAAAACUCAAGUCACGUCUCAAAGAAAGCUACAAGUUAGCUAUGGACAAGGCUGCAAAGAUAGCUCACAAGAACAAAAUGAGGUUUGACAGACAUGUAACUGCCUCAGACUUGGAAGCUGGAGAUCGGGUAUUGGUCAGGAAUGUCCGUAUCCGGGGCAAACAUAAGAUUUCAGACAAGUGGGAACACACCGUGCAUGUAGUGGUGAGAAGGGCAGGCAACCUCCCAGUAUAUACAGUUAAGCCUGAAAACAAAGAUGGUCCCCUAAGAACACUACACCGGGAUCUGUUGCUACCAUGUGGCUACCUACCUGUGGAGGAAAGCAGUGAGCAUGUCCAGAAGCCAGUGUCACACAGGCCAAGAACCCGUGCAAAUCCAGCGCUAGAGGAAGAGAACUCCUCAGACGAAGAAGAUGAUUUGCUCAUUCCUGUUUGGUUGAGUUCCCCUGUCCACACAGUGAGUGAGAGUCCUGUAAAUGUUCCUGAUAUUGACAACCCACCUGUUUUUGACAGCCAAUCUGGUUUUGGCAACAUACCUGAUAUGCCUAACAGUACUACAGAUGAUACUGAGUACUUAUCUACCAAUGGAGUCACACCGACCGAACAAGUGGAUGAAAUAACCUUAACUGAAAAUGACUCACCUGUUGAUGACCCAGACGUCCAAGAAAGGCAACUUCCAUUUCAGGAGGCUGGCACCAGAGGUGCGAAUCCUGAGGAGAGAUUGGAGGAGAUAGUCCCAGUGGAUACAAGGGAAAACAUGGAUACAAAUGAUUCUGUAAGGAGAUCUGAGAGAAACCGUCGUCCGCCACGACGGCUUGACUAUACGGAGCUAGGCAAUCCACUGAUCACUGCAGCAAAAUCAAAAAAAAUCAUAUUUAUUCUCUUUAUAUUAACUGUCCACAUCAACAAAACGUCAUAUUUCCUAUGACCAUUGAAUGCACCUAGCUCAGCGACCAAUCAGAGCCUACCCAGGCCGCAUUGACCCUGUCAGCCAGGAAGUGAGGUGAAGGUGAAGGUGCAUGGUGCUCCCGGGUUUUCUCAUCUCAGCAAGAGGAGUGGAGGCAUCUGCUACUCAAACCGAGAAAUCCACGGACAAAAGAGAGGAAAAACUCAGGAUUGAGAGGAAGGAAAGCCAGCCUACUUACCUGCUGGAAGUCCGGAGUCGAGUGGCUGGAUGAAGGAGAGAGGCAACGUCGGCUAACCACUCACCUUUCAUCCGGAGAGCUGCUGCAAUUCCAACGCCAGUGUGUGUUGGGCUUUUGUAAAACAGAGCAAUGGUGAGCAACAUGUUCCUAGCUGCUCUAAAGCUAAUUUUUGUCAGUUCACUGUGAGUUUAAAGUAAUCUAGAGGGUAAUUUUUAGUGCAUUUCUCUCUCACGAAUAGGCCUAUAGUGUGGAGAAAUUAAGCAC